CAUUUAAAAUGUACCUCAUCUCAACCCGUGUCUCAUAAACGGCACCCUUCACCGUAAAAUUGUAUUAAGGGGGCGCACACGCGCGAACGAGCGCUGAUUGAAAACGAAUUGCUUGUUAUCAGCGGGUCGCACGCGCGACGCAAAUGGAUCCGCCGCGAGUAGUUCUGGAGCCGCAGUUCGUUGAGAACCGUCCAAUGGUAAGCUCGAAGGAAGGCGAUGCAGGAGUACAGCCAGUCCACUGGGCUGACGGCCUUUGCUUUGGUCUAUUUGACAUUUUUCUUGGACAACGUUCUGCUCACUGUACUGGUGCCCAUAAUCCCGGAUUGGGUGCGCGGCGAGUCGCUGGCUCUGUGGUCGGAACACGGCACGCCGCUCGCCGCGCUCCUCAACACCACCGUGCGCCACAUCACCGACGAGGACGACGGUAAGGGCGUGGGCACGUCGCAGGCGGUGGUGGGCGCAGUGCUGGGGGCGAAGGCGGCCACGCAGUUGGCGCUGUCGCCCGCGGCGGCGUCGCUCACCGCCGCGCGCGGCCCCGUCGUGGCGCUGCGCCUCGCCACGGCUCUGUUGGCCGCGGCCGCACUGGGUAUACAACUAACAUGGUUUUUGAAAUCAGUCGGCAAACGGACAAAAAGACCACUCGAUGGCGGCGCACUGUGCGCGGGCGCAGGGCGCGUGGCUCACGGCGGCGGCGCGGCGCUGGGCGGCGUGGCGGGGCUGGCGCUGGCGGCGCGCGUGCUUCCGCCCGAGCGCUCUCACCGAGCGCUGGGCGCACUUCUUGGCGCCGUCGCACUGGGUGUGUUGGUGGGAUACCCCUUUGGAGGCGCCGCGUACAAACUUUGGAGUCUAGCCGCUCCCUUCCAGCUCAUAGCCGUCGCCUUAUUGAUCAACCUCGGUCUCCAGUACUUGCUCCUUCAAAAAGAGGAACAGGAGAAUAUGAGUACAAGCGACAUGGAAGGCUCGCACGGCGCGGCUACAGGCGCGCGAGUGAUGUGGGCGGAGGCGCGCCGUGACGCGACGGGCGCAUGUGCGGGCGCCGUGCUGCUGACCACCAGCGUCAUGGCGGCCCUCGAGCCUUGCCUGCCGCUGUGGAUCAUGCACAAGUUUCAUCCUGAGCGCUGGGCGCUGGGCGCAGUGUUUCUUCCCGACAGCGUGGGAUACCUGGUGGCUGCGAGCUCACUUAGCGCUCCGGCGCGGCGGAUCGGGCCCGAACGCGUCGCCGUCACCGCCGUGGCAUGCGUCGGCGUCGCCGCACUCGUGGCUCCGCUCGCUCCCUCGGUGCGUCGGCAAUCGGCAUACUGCUACCCUAAACGCGUAUUACAUUUGUAUAUGUAACUUUCCGUCCGUAAAGCGACCUGAAGUUUCAAGUUACAUCGUCCUAGAUAAAUGUCCGCCCUAAUGAACUUACGAAAUAUAUUUACAGAGUUUAAAACACACAAUUAACAGCGU